AUGAAGAACCAAGGCGGGGAGACCAAAGCAGCCCCGCGGCCUGCUAGCUCUUCCAAAAUGAGCGGUGGUCUGGUGCUGGAGGAAGGUGACUCGCCGGAGGCCGCGGCACCCCUGGAAGCUCCUCUUGCACAGGAGGACACCAAGUCCUCCCGGCCUGCCGUGCGUGACGUCUCCGAAGAGCUAAGCAGACAGCUUGAGGACAUCUUGAACACAUACUGCGUGGAUGCCAGCCAGGAGGGUCCAGGCGAGGACGGUGGGCAGAGCGAGCCUGCAGAGCCGGAAGAAGCUGAGAAGUGCCGUAGCGAGUCCCCGAGGAACGGUGACCAGGAGACGGGCAGCCCCGAGAUGAACGGGGAGAAGGAAAGCACGAAGGGGACUGAAGAGUUUCGACCUGGCGAGGAGUGUGGCGAGCGGGAUCAGAAGAAGGCUCAGGAAAAGAAGAAAGCCAAGGGCCUAGGCAAAGAAAUCACUUUGCUGAUGCAGACGCUGAACACCCUGAGUACGCCAGAGGAGAAACUAGCAGCACUUUGCAAGAAAUACGCUGAGCUGCUGGAAGAGCACCGUAACUCCCAGAAACAGAUGAAGAUCUUGCAGAAGAAGCAGACGCAGCUGGUGCAAGAGAAGGACCACCUGCAGAGCGAGCACAGCAAGGCCAUCCUGGCCCGCAGCAAGCUGGAGAGCCUGUGCCGCGAGCUGCAGAGACACAACCGCACCCUCAAGGAGGAGGGUGUCCAGCGUACACGGGAGGAAGAGGAGAAGCGGAGGGAGGUGACAUCCCACUUCCAGGUGACGCUGAAUGACAUCCAGCUCCAGAUGGAGCAACACAAUGAGAGGAACUCCAAGCUGCGCCAGGAGAACAUGGAGCUGGCAGAGCGGCUCAAGAAGCUCAUCGAGCAGUAUGAGCUGCGGGAGGAGCACAUUGACAAGGUGUUCAAACACAAGGACCUGCAGCAGCAGCUGGUGGACGCCAAGCUCCAACAGGCCCAGGAAAUGCUGAAGGAGGCAGAGGAGAAACACCAGCGGGAGAAGGACUUUCUGCUGAAGGAAGCUGUGGAAUCGCAGAGGAUGUGUGAGCUGAUGAAGCAGCAGGAGACCCAUCUCAAGCAGCAGCUGGCUCUUUACACAGAGAAGUUUGAAGAAUUCCAGAACACCCUUUCCAAAAGCAGUGAAGUGUUCACGACAUUUAAACAGGAGAUGGAGAAGAUGACUAAGAAAAUCAAGAAGCUGGAGAAAGAGACCACUAUGUACCGCUCUCGCUGGGAGAGCAGCAACAAGGCUCUCUUGGAAAUGGCUGAAGAGAAAACCCUUCGGGACAAAGAGUUGGAGGGGCUUCAGGUGAAAAUCCAGCGCUUGGAGAAACUCUGCCGAGCCCUGCAAACGGAGCGCAACGACCUCAAUAAGAAGGUGCAGGACCUGUGUGCCCACGCGCCCCGGGCAGACACGGACCUGUUGGAGCCUUUGAAGGACCCAUCUCGGGAGGGCUCCGAGGCGGCGGCGGGAGGUGCUCCAGCAGAGCAGCGCCUGGCUGAGGAUUGCCUUCACUCAGGAAAGCCGACGCACAGCACGGAUCCUGCGGAGAGCCUGGGAGAACUGAGCAUAGGAGCCUUGGGGCAGAGUGGGACUGAUGAAGUCACUCAGGGCUCCGACUGAGCCCGUGUGCGGUAGGCAGAGGUAGGGCGAGGGAGGGUACCGUGAAUGUUUCCGUAGACUCGAGCUGAUGCCCCUCUCCUGGUCCUUGGACAGGCGCGAGAGGACAGCCCUCCUGCGGAUUUGAGAUUUCCUAGCUUAGGUUUUUGGAGGGUUUUUAAAAUUUUUAUAUAUAUAUAUAUAUAUGAU